AUGUUUCGCGCAGUGUCAGUCGGCUGGAAGAAAUAUUGGUGGGGAACAGGUAUCUUGCCAGACAGAUCAAACCGGAUUGAAGAUAUAUAUCUACGCUAUUAUAACGGGAGCUCCGCCGACGUAUACGUUGACAUUCCACUAAGCAACGCUAUCGACCUACUCGAUGUCAAAGGUUUCGACAGAAGUAAUGCCACUGUUCUGUACAUCCAUGGCUUCAUCGAGACGGCGCAACAAGAGAGUAUUCAGGUCAUGGUCAACGCAUAUCUGGAGGCGAGACCGAAUACUAAUGUCGUGCUCUUAGACUGGUCGAAUAUGGCGCAUGGCUCGUACUUGGUCAACGCAGCUCGAAACACAAAAAAGGUGGGUGCAACUACAGCUGAAUACCUCCACCAAUUAAUAGAAGGUGGUUUGAAUUUAGAUAAGUUACAUUUAAUAGGCCACUCACUUGGUAGCCACGUCGCUGGGUACACAGCGCGAGAACUUCGAAACAAAUACAACAAAAUCGUUAAAAGACUUACAGCCCUCGACCCAGCCUUCCCAGCCUUCUACCCAGAUGGCGUGGUUAUGGAACAUAUAAACGAGAAUGAUGCCGAGUUUGUGGACGUCAUUCAUACUGACGCGGGAGGGUACGGCGCUCCGGUGCGCACCGGGUCUGCAGACUUCUGGCCUAAUGGCGGCAAAAGAAUACAACCUGGCUGUCCAAGAUUUGCACCAAUACCUCUUACCGACGACAAUUUUUGCAGCCAUUGGCGUUCAUGGAUAUUUUACGCUGAGUCAGUAAGGAAUCCUGAGGCGUUUCCAGCUUCUCCUGCGGAAUCUUACCAGAAAUUCAAGGAAAAUCCUAAACCUGAAACGGGCAUGGUCUACAUGGGUGCGAACUGUGAUCCCAGGGCCAGAGGUUCUUACUACCUUAGAACAAAUGCAGCAACACCCUUCGGCAAAGGAAUGGACGGUUUAUACCCAAAACGGAAAAACAACAAGAAAAAGUAA